AUGUCUUUGUAUGGACCACUGCUUAAUGCCUCCUGUUCUCAACCAUGUGACAGCGGCUGCUCUUAUCCCCCUACCUACGCUACAAAUGAACUAUGUAUCAGGUCAUGCCCAGAAUCAACUGCAAUCGUGUACCCACCACCCGUGUGCCUGACUUUCCCAGGACCCAUUAUGGCCUCAUGCCCUCAGUAUAGUGAAGUGUAUAGUGGCAAUCCUCUUCAUUCCAUAGGCUCUGGAGGAGGUGGAGGAAUGGGCUCUGGAGGAGGAGGAAUGGGCUCUGGAGGAGGAGGAAUGGGCUCUGGAGGUGGAGGAAUGGGUUCUGGGGGUGGAGGAAUGGGCUCUGUAUGGGGCUCCCUUGGUGGGGGGAGCUCCUGUGGUGGUGGAAUCUACCGCUGGAGAAACUUGUACCGAAACUCAUUGCUCGCAGGAACGGGUAGAAACUAUUUGCCCUUUUCCAGCGGGUACUAUCGGUAUCGCUACGGGAACUAUGGGGAAAUUUAG